AGUCUAGAGCACGGACGCGCCGUGACCGGUCGUGUGGUGUGUGGCUGGCGUGAGCCGUGAGUGAGCACAUUAGAGGAAGCCUGUCGCGUCAGUGACUUAGAGAGUGACAGUGACUGCCGCUACAUGACGCGUGCAGCCGCCGGAUCAAGGCCUGAUCCACCCCUAUCACUUUCCUUGAGCGGCUUCUCUCUGUUGGUGUCAGAGCGGGCUGAGAUUUGGACGGCUCACGGUGAGAAGCGUUUCGAUCCGAGCGCCCCCCCCCCCUUUCCUCUCUCGACGAGCCGCUUCUUGUCGCCGCAAUCACAACACUUAGGUUUCUGUGAUUGAAUAUGAUAACGGACGUCGUGUAGGCGAAGCAGGCGAAGCAGGCGAAGCAGGCGAAGCGCGGCAGCCGCGAUGUCCUCCGCCAGCACUGCCACCAUGAGGACGGUCGUCGCCUGCGCCCUCGUCGGCCUGCUGUGCGGCCUGGCCCGCCCCGCGGAGGGCCUGCGGGUCCUGGGCCUGUUCCCGCUCCCGGGGCACAGCCACAACAUCUUCUUCAAGGCCUUGAUGGAGACACUGGCGGAGCGGGGCCACGAGGUCGUCGUGUUCAGCCCGUUCCCCCACAAGAAGGCCUUCCCCAACCUUACGGACGUGGACACGUCCAGCGGCGCGCCGUCCCUCACCAACAACUUCUCCUUCGACAAGGUGUCGAGCGCGGCCACCAUCCUCCCCGGGCAGGCCAUGUACCAGUCCAUGACACGCAUCGGCGCCAUGUCGGGCGCCAGCCUCUGUCGCCAGGUCUUCAGCAUGCCCGAGUUCGACAAACUCAUGAAGGGUGGCUACGGCCGCUUCGACGUCGUCUUCACCGAGAUCUUCGGCUCGGACUGCUGGGUCGCGGUGGCGCACAAGAUGGAGCUGCCCAUCAUCAGCAUGUCCUCCGCGCCGGACGUGUCCUGGAUGCACGAGCGCUUCGGCUCGCCGGACAACCCCUCGUACCUCGUCAACGUGUUCACCGGCUACACCUCGGCCAUGAGCCUCUGGGAGCGGAUGAUAAACGCCUGCACGGCUCUCUAUGUCAACUACCUGCACAAGAUCAUCAUCCAGGAUCCCAGUGACGCGGUCGUCAAGGAAUUCUUCGGUCCGGACAUGCCCCCCAUCUCCGAGAUGAUCAAGAAGACGAGCCUCGUGCUGCUCAACCGCCACCUCAGCAUCCACGCCGCGCGUCCCGUCACCCCCAACGUGGUGCACGUCGGCGGCCUGCACAUCAAGCCCUCCAAGGACGAGGCGAUGGACCCCGAGCUACGGCGCUGGAUGGACGAGGCGGAGCACGGCGUCAUCUUCUUCUCGCUGGGGUCCAUGAUGCGGUCCGACACCUUGCCGAAGGACAAGCGGGACGCGCUGCUGGGCGCCUUCAGCAAGCUGCCGCAGCGCGUGCUGUGGAAGUUCGAGACCCCGGACAUCGACCUGCCGCCCAACGUGCGCAUCGGCAAGUGGCUGCCCCAGCUCGCCAUCCUGACACACCCCAAGACCAUCCUCUUCAUGACCCACGGCGGCCUGAUGGGGACCAUGGAGGCGCUGCAGUCCAGCGUCCCCAUGCUGGGCAUCCCCCUCUUCGCCGACCAGAUGUCCAACACGGAGCUGUACCGGUCGCUCGGCAUCGCGCAGCGGCUCGACAUCCGCACCGCCACCGAGGAGAGCACGCUGGCCGUGUUGCGCGAGCUCACCGAGACCUCCAAGUACAGGGACCGCGCGCGAGAGGUGGCGCGCCUGUUCCGCGACCGCCCCCGCCACGCCGCGGACGAAGCCGUCUGGUGGACGGAGUACGUGGUGCGCAACCAGGGCGCCAUGCACCUGCGGCCCCUGGGCGCCGACCUGGCCUGGUACGAGUUCCUGCUGCUGGACGUGGCCGCCGUGCUUCUGGCCGCCGCCCUCCUCGUCGGCGUGCUGCUCAAGGUCGCCCUGGGGGCGCUGUGCGGAAAGAGCAGCGAGACGAAAAUCCAGAAGAGGAAAAACAAGAAGGAGUAGGGAGGCAAGGAGGGGAUGAGAGGAGAAAUGUGGCGUUUCUGUGAUAUUUAAUUUAUUCAGUCUGCAAAAAUCUACGAUCCUCAGAUUUCAAUUGCUGGCGCGUCCGAACUGUGCCAAAUUCCCCAUACACUGUUUAUUUUAUAAGAGUAGACGAGUAAAACCUGUCAAGUACAAUAAUAAAAGUGCAUUUUGGGGGAA